GAAGUGGGCGAGUCGGCUGAGUUGAGCAAUGAAGCGAAUUAAACCGGGCACCGGGCGCGAAGAGGACGGCGACUGGCUGGGCGAAAGCAAGGCGGCACGGGAUUUAGCAGCGGUUUCAAGGGCAACGGCAAUCGAAGACAAUCGAGUCACCCUCGCUUCCGGCUUCCCGCCUCCUGCUUUCUGCUUCCUGCUUCCUGUUUCUUGCUUCUUGCUUCUUCUUGCUUCUUGAGUCCUGCUUCCUGCUGCGUGCUGCACAAAGUCGAAUGAAAAACAAAACCCGGCGAUGUGUCAAUGGCUCCAAGAUAGAAAGCCAACGAGCGGCACCGGAGAUAUGAUAUAAAAGAACGAAGCAAAGCAGUACUUAACGAGGGA